GGGAGGAGGACUCCCACCACAGCAGCAAGCAGGUCUCCUGAGUAGAUCAGAUGACAUGCUUAGGAGAGUAACCCGCAAAUAGAGGGAGAACUCUCUGGCAUUCAAAUUCAAACUCGACUCCACCACAACAAGGAAAAAAAAAGAGGGAGAAAGAGAAACCAAAAAAUAGUCUGUUUUUUUCCCACAGCUAUCAGUUUCUUUCACUAAGCCUUCUGAAACCUGAACCUCUGCAGAACACUAACCACUUGGGCCUUACCUACAGACAUGGACAGAUGUACGUACACUUUCAUUUUAUAGAGUUUGAAAUUCUCUUUCUAAGGAAGGAGUCAACUUUGGCCUUGAGUGUUUGGCAUGGGUACAAAGCCUUAAAAAAGCAGAUGACCGGUCAAGCUACUGACCAUGCUGAUCAUUGUCCGGAAUCAGAUCAAAUCAAAGAAAAACAGUGAAUGGCUUUCUCUUUUAGAAUAUUCGAGCAACGCACAAGUCCUGAGCAUGUUUUGCAGAGCUCAUUUGACCACUUAAUCUCUUCUAACUGGUCUGGAUUACAGACAGAAUCGAUAUCAGAGAAAAUGAAACAGACUGGUGAGGAACAGGGAAAUAAGCCACGCUGGGCAGCUCUUCUGAUACUCAUGGUGAUAAUACCCACAAUUGGUGGUAACAUCCUUGUUAUUCUGGCUGUAUCACUGGAGAAAAAGUUGCAGUAUGCUACCAAUUAUUUCCUAAUGUCCCUGGCAGUGGCCGACUUGCUGGUUGGAUUGUUUGUGAUGCCGAUUGCCCUCUUAACAAUAAUGUUUGGCAUUGCCCUUCCAGUUCCUAUUAAAGGGAUAGAAACUGAUGUAGCUAACCCACACAACAUCACCUGUGGGCUGACAAAGGAUCGUUUUGGCAGUUUCAUGCUCUUUGGCUCACUGGCUUCCUUCUUCACACCUCUGACCAUCAUGAUUGUCACCUACUUUCUCACUAUCCAUGCUUUACAGAAGAAAGCUUACUUGGUCAAAAACAAGCCACCUCAACGCCUAACGUGGUUGACUGUGUCCACAGUUUUCCAAAGGGAUGAAACACCUUGCUCAUCACCAGAAAAAGUGGCAAUGCUGGAUGGUUUUCAUAAGGACAAAACUCUGCCCAAUGCAAGUGCUGACAUACUAAUGCGAAGAAUAUCCACAAUAGGAAAAAGGUCAGUGCAGACCAUUUCCAAUGAACAGAGAGCCUCAAAGGUUCUUGGGAUUGUAUUCUUCCUCUUUUUACUUAUGUGGUGCCCCUUUUUUAUUACAAAUGUAACUUUAGUUUUAUGUGACUCGUGCAACCAGACAACUCUCAACAUGCUCCUGGAGAUAUUUGUGUGGAUAGGCUAUGUUUCCUCAGGGGUGAAUCCUCUGGUCUACACCCUCUUCAACAAGACAUUUCGGGAUGCAUUUGGCCGGUACCUCACCUGCAAUUACCAAGCCCCCACAUCAGUAAAAACCCUUGAAAAAUGCUCCAGUAAUAUCUACUUCCGGAAUCCAAUGGCAGAGAACUCUAUAUUUUUUAUGAAACAUGGAAUGCGAAAUGGCAUUAAUCCUGCCAUGCACCAGAGCCCAAUGAGGCUCCGAGGUUCAACCAUUCAGUCUUCAUCCAUCAUUUUACUAGAUACACUUCUCCUCACCGAAAAUGAAGGUGACAAAGCUGAAGAGCAAAUCAGUUAUGUAUAGCCGUAAUGGCACAAUUUUAAUAUAACGAUGAGUAAGAUGAUGAGGAAAAUAUAAAUAUACCAAGAAUUAUAUAAAGAACUUUAUAUCAUGUAUCAAAAAUCAUCUCUUUAAAUUAAGAAUUAUGUAUUAAGAUUAUACAAUUUUCUUUAUUUGGGCAAAAUUAUUCUAUUAUUAAUAAAAAAUCAUUUUUGUAUAGCUGAAAAUUAAAACAAUCCAGCACCCUGGUUAAAUGUUAAGAUAGUCAAAUGAAAUAAAAUAAAUCAAUAAACUUGUUUAGAAAAAAACAAUGUCACCAUACAAAAAAACAAUGUUACCAUAAGAAUUUAUUUAGUUCCUAACUGCAUGCAAAGCUAUGCCAAGAAUGAAAUAAACAAAACAAACAAGCAUUAACCUUGUCUUCAAGGCCUUAAAAGCAUAAGGCAUAACACAGAACAACAGUGCUAAGAGGUCUAAAAAUAAGAGUAUAAAAUAAUGAUCACAGCUGAAGAUAAGCUAAGAUUGCCAUUUACAUUUAGGCUUAGUUAAAUGUGGGCUUCCCUGGUGCUUCCAUGGUAAACAAUCUGC